AUGGGCGAUUACUUUUUGCAAGAAGAAGCUGAAGAUGAUGGAGAUUUCGAUGAUGAUGAAGAUGAUCUACCACUUGCACAGGUUCGAAAAAAUGUCGUCGAAGAACAUCACCGACAACAACAACAACUCGAGCAACAGAACAGAGUGCUGACAAAGGCCGAGGUCGUGGCGAAUACACGAGAAAUGGAGAAACUCCUGGCUGAAUGUGACAAUUUCAAUCCGGGAAUUCAAACUGAGAACUUGUUAAAUCAGCUAAACCAUCAAGCCAAUCAACAUGCCCAUAUUCCGGAUCAAGGAGCAAUCAUUCUACCACAAAACGAUUUCCUGGAGACUCCACGACUGCCAAUGGAUCAAUCGAUGCCCUUCGGAUCUCCUCAAAACAACCCCGAGCAGCUACAAGAACCGAACUCAAGUCAAGAUUUUACCCCAAAUCAACAAAUGGUUCAACAAACGAUGCAAAAUGAUCCAUACCAACCUUUACCUGAUACUUCUACUCAAGAAUAUUAUCCAAAUUACGCUCAAAACAACUCCUCCCAACAAAUAUACAAUAAUCCGAUGCUCGGCGAUCAAUCAAUGUAUCAAAUUGACAAUAAUCAAAGCCAUUAUCAACAAAAUAUGCAACAGGGAUACAAUCCGAUGAUUGAACAAGGAUACCAAGGACAAAUGAACAACACACAGAUGAAUCAGAUGAUGUAUGAAGCGCCGCCGCAAAACGAGUAUCCGAGUACUUCGAUGGCUCAACCCGCGCAACAAGUAGAAGCGAAUCCGAUGCAACAAGUUGCAUACCAAGAGCAGUAUCAGGUUCAACAACCAGCAAUCGGCUAUCCUGUUCAACAACAGCCACCGAUGCAGCAGACAUUGCAACAACCACUGCAACAACAGUUUCCAGAAACACAGCAAAUUCAAUACCGCCGUUUACCGGAAAAUGCGCAAGUUGUUCACCAAAGCAACGCGGCUCACGAAUUCUUGCGAACCCCAGAUGGUCGAUUGAUUCGAGUGGUGAGACAACAAGCCGCUCAACGGCAAAUCGUUCAACGAUUGAUGUACAAUCCACAAACAAACUCCUAUCAACAAGUGCAAAUGGUUGAGUAUCCACAAGAUCCUUAUAAUCAGUCUGGGCGAGUGAUUCGAGUUGUUCAACCACAGCAACAAGCGCAGCCACAAAUGCUUCCAGCGAGUAUGAGUCAACAGCAACAACUCUAUCAACAACGUCAGCAAUCUCAAGCUGCUUCAUCUUCAGCCCCAUCUCAAACGCUUUUCCCCGUUGCCACCACUCCCGCUCACUACAAUAAUGGUGCUCAAACGGCUCGAAGUCUUUCCUUCAAUCCGCCGAACAUUCGUUAUAUCAAUCCGGAUGGAACGCCUGCUGAGCCGCCAAUGAGCGCCUACAAACCGGAGCUCAAGCCCCAUGAUACUGAGGGAAUGCCCACAUUGGACUCACCAGCAAAAGCACAAUCGUCACCAAUCAAAGUCAUUCGACAACCACCGCCAAGACCAAGACCUGGUGUUCCACAGCUGAUGGAUAAAAAACCAACAGUGAAGGCUCCAUUCGCUCAUUAUCCUGAUGGACAACAACCACCAUCGCAGCUGGAGCCAAGUCGAGCACGGGUUGAGGCCGGUCGACAAAACGGAAACGAUUCUAGAGAACAUGGAUACGCGUCAAGUUCAACACAUCAAGCUCCUUAUGCUCCACCGAAAUUCAAGCCAAGACCACCAAUGGAUGCACAGGCGGCGCAGCUGAAAAAGACAAUGAAAGCGGCGAAAGAAUCGGCGAUCAAGCGGCUAUCAACAGAAUCUGGCUGGAAAAUGAUGAAUGGAUGGUUGAAAAAGGCAAAAGGGGAUGACAAGAAGACGUUGUCGUUGCUGAAAGAGUUGAUAAAGGCUGACGUGCCGGUUGAGUUGCUGAUGGACACAAACGUUGACACCCCACGAUUUUUGGUCUCACUGAAGAAGAAAGGGGGAAAUCAGAUGAUUCGUGAUAUCGCCGCCGAUUUGGUCGCUCGGUAUAAGGAAGAUGUACAAAAAUAUCAAAAAGAGGGACCAAAGAAAAAAGAAGAAACGAAGGAAUUGAAGAAAGAAGAAGAAAUUCCAGAUGAAGGAUCACCAGAAAUGGGAGAGGAAUUGCCGGAGUUUCCGAAAGCAGUUGAGAUCAAAUCACCAAAGACUCUUGAACGAGAGGCGAAGAAAAAAGAGAAACGAUCGAAAGCGAGAGUCUAUCAAAGUAAAGGACGGACAACAGGUUUGGAAGGAAAUCCAGAAGACGAUCUCCCACCACCAGCCCCAGUUGAGGCUCCAAAACCGGACUAUCGUCCACUUCAUGAUGAACGAAAACUGAAGAAAAUCACCGUACAACGCGAUUCGAAAGAAAAGGAAAAAGUUGUGGCUAAAGAGAAGCCAAAACCGGUAGAGACCAAGAAAGAAGAAAAACCGAAAACACCGGAGAAGCCAGCAGUGGAGAAGAAAGUGGUUGUGAAGAGCCCCAUUCUGCCAACUUUAUCCAACUCGUUUAUGGAUGCCUUUGGUCCGGCUAAAGCUGAACCAGUGAAGAAAAAGCCAAAGAGACCUACUACAAAAGACGAAAAGGAUGGAGAACUGGCAAAGAAAUCAAGAAGCGAUUCAACCGAUGAACCAUUGAGUCCCCUUGAAAGACCACAAGGAUUGCCGAGUGUUGAUAUCAAUUUGGGUGGUCUCUUUUCUGAUGUGACUACGGAAAGAAAAGAACCGGAAAUUCAAAUCAGCGGUGCUGCCACUCCCACCGAAAAGUCGAAUAUUAAAUCAAACGAUCCGAGCACUUCUGCGAGUGCUACUCCAUUUCAAGGAUGGGUAUCGGCGAAAAAGCGAAUCAGCUUUGCGGACGAUGUCGGAAAGGAUCUCGUUCACAUUCGGGAAUUCGAAGUUGAUGAAAAUGAGAGAUAUAAUGUCAGCCAUUUGACUCCAGAAGAGAUCAUUAAACGAGAUUUGGAAUUGGAGAAGAUCUACAAACAAGAGCACAAAACGGAAGAAGAGGAAGAGGAUAGAGAAAAGAUACCAAGUCCAUCAGAUAUUUCGGGAGAAAAUGAUUCACUUCAUCCACUCGAUCCGAGAAGAGAAUUGAUCAAAGGAAAGCCGGAAAGAAAGUGGAGACUCGUCCUUGUCGAGGAUCAUGGGCUUACCACAAAAGAAAAGAAUCUCUUCCAAUCACAGGAAUUCUUUGUGGAACAAGAUCGCCAAAGUCGUACCCUAUCGGUGAUCUUCGAUGGAAAACUUGGCACAAUCGACCGAGACGAGCCAAAAGAGAAGCCAGAUCCCGAUCACACUCCCGUCUCAAUUCCACUCUUUUCGUUUGAUGACGAAGUACCGGAUAUUGAACCAACCUCCUCAACUCAUGCGAUUCCGUCAACUCCAAUGAUUCCAUCCGAACCGGACCCACAAAAAUCUCUGGAGUUGCCUUCUAAUCUAAAGAAUUUAUUGUCUGGACUGAAGAGUGCCGGGAUCAUUUCUCUUCCUUCCGCACAGCAUCAAUAUCAACAAGUCGAUCAAACCGGAGCUCCAGUCCCUGUCACAGCGGCACCAUUCCCACAGGCUUCUCAAGAUUAUCCAUCCUAUCCACACCAUGGUGGUCCACCGAUGAGAGGAGGAUUUGGUGGAAGAGGAAGGGGAUGGCCAAAUUCACGAAUCGCUUGUCAAUACAUAAACACGCCGAAAGGAUGCACUUAUGGAGAUAGAUGCCGAUUCUCGCAUGAUCCAAAGGAUUUGGAGAGGAUGAAACAAGGAGGUUACGGCAGAGGGCAACCCUUCGAUCGCGGUCAUCCACCAAACCGACCUUAUCGAGGCGGAUUUCACCCAAGAACU